AUGCAUCCUACGGAUCCAUUAGAGAGAGCAUUAGUUCGUUCUACUUGCUCUGAAGCUUACUUGGAUGACAUUACUGCUGGUUAUGUCAAGAUGUUAGAUACUAGUGUGCAAGUGAACAAGCUGGUUGUUCAUGAGGAAUGGACAGAGAGUUCUGAGAUGGCUGCUAAAUGA